GUGCGGUGGUCAUCAUCCCGGCAUCAUCAUCAUAAUAUAUGUAAAGAAAGAAAGAAAGAAAGAAAGAAAGAAAGAAAGAAAGAAAGAAAGAAAGAAAGAAAGAAAGAAAGAAAGAAAGACAAGAGAAAGGAGGAGGAGGGGGAAGAAAAAGAGGGAGAAGAGGAAGAUGAGGAAAGACAGGAAGAAAGAAAGAAAGAAAGAAAGAAAAGAAAAGAAGAGGGAGAAGAAGAAUAAAGAACAAGAAGAAGGAAGAAGAUUAGGAAAGAAAGAAAGAAAAAGGAGGCGGAGGAAGAGGAAGAGGAAGAAAGAACAAGAAGAAGGAAGAGGAAAAUGAGGACAAAAGAAAGAAAGAAAGAAAGAAAGAAAGAAAGAAAGAAAGAAAGAAAGAAAGAAAGAAAGAAGAAGAGGAAGAAAGAACAAGAAGAGGAAAGAAAGAAAGAAAGAAAGAAAGAAAGAAAGAAAGAAAGAAAGAAAGAAAGAAAGAAAGAAAGAAAGAAAGAAAGAGAAAGGAAGAGGAAGAGGAAGAAAGCUUCAUCACCUGUAAUAAUGAAGCCUCUGCUGCCCCCUGCUGGCAGAAACAGAGAAGUGCUGAUCUCUUUAAAGCAGAAGUCUCCAACCUUUACUACAUGUACUUAUGUUUCUCUCCACUCUAACACACCUGAUUCUGAUUAUUAA